GAACAUUCUAACGUCAUUGUUAGAUCUUUCAUCAACAUUAAAAUUUCCCACCAAUUACUAACCAUCGUAUUAAGAAAGUUUAUCUUAUUUCUCAUCGCCAUCAUGUCUUAUUACAUCUUGAACAAAACGCACGUACUCUGGAAUUUGAAAAGCAUCCGAGGCAAUGCGCAUCCACCAUGAAACAAUUCAACAAACAUGACCAUCAUUAUAAUUUAUUAUGAACAAAGCCAGAGAAACGACUUCGCAAUCGAGUCAACAGGCUGUGACCAUAUCUUGGACUGCACCAUUGUUUGGUCUACUAUCAAAUUGUCAUCCAAACCAGCCCCCUCUUCUUCGUUGACAUUUUUUAUAAAGAAUACCGUAUUAGCCGCUCCAGCGUCAUAGUUACUUCUGUACUCAUAUGUCUCUUGUUUAGUUUCUGUGGUUCUGUGUUUGUGGUUAGUGUGAUGACUAUGUGGUUCACGUCUACCAAAUUUCGAAUCUUAGCCAGCUUUGUUUUGACUGCUGCUUACGGUAUAGCAAAAUGUGAUCCUAUUGCUAAUAAGAAUUUCAAUUCAAACAUCAGAGAUUAUGCAGCGACAGAUGUAAAUAACAUAACAAAUGUGAAAACUUUGCAAAAGGAAGAUUUUGUAAAAUAUGCAACGUUCACACCGGCCAGCAACCCAAUUAAAUUCAAGGAAAUACCCGACAGUGCAUUGUCCAGCUCAAGUAAUGGCCGAGGCUUGCUGUAUCAUGAUCAUUCAGGUUACACAGUAAAUGAAUAUGAAGAGAGUCCUCAUUACUCACAUGGUCACGAUUAUCAUCUUUACGAUCCCCAUUCAGAUGGUCAUGGCCCUCCAUCCUUCGAUCAUGACUAUCAUGGAUAUCACCACAAUGAUCACCAUGGCCACCAUGAUUCGCAUGAUCACCAUGACUAUCACGAUUCCCAUGGCCACGGCCACCAUCAUGGGCAUUAUGAUAAGCAUUAUAAACAUGCGCUAGCAACAAAGGCAGUUCUGUGGCCUAUUGCUGGAAUAGCACUACUGGGGGCAGCAGCAGCACUAGUUAGUAAUCCAGUACUCCUACAACUUGGAGUCAUAUCUGGUAAACGUAGAAGACGAGACACAGAAGAAAUAACUGGACCUGACUUCGCCUCAGAAAUGUUCUCAAAGUACGAAGAAAAAAUUAAAGAAGUAAACAAUGAAGGAAAAUAUUCAAAUAUUAAAGAGAACUUAAGAAGAAAAACGAAAGAAAAUAGAGUUUUAAAAAUUGCAUCCUUCACUGAGACCACUAAAAGGGGACAAUUAAAAGGCAAUAAUGCCAAGGACAUGAAAAUUAAUAGAAGUUUUAAAAAAGUCCAUUAUCCAGUCAAAGGAAACAAAAAUCAAGAAGCGGAAUCUCCUAAUUAUAGUGAAAAUGAUAACAGAUUUAUCCCUAUACCAAUAAAACUUAGAACACCUAAUGAAACUGAUUAAAUUAUAGUUAAAGUUUUUAACAAUAAUGUAGUCUAA